GAGAAUAUAUAUAUAGAUAUAUAUAUGAUAUGGUGGUGAUGGAGGUUUUGAAGGUGGAGAGUAUUCUGAGGGUAUUUGCAGCAAUAGUGUUUGUAAUAACAGCCUGUUUAGUUGGAUUUGAUCGUCAGACAAAACUGCUAUUUGGUGUUCUCACCAGGACAGCUACUUUCAGAGAUUUGAAUGCUUUGUACGCUGUAGUUUGGAUCGACAGUGUUGCAGCAGCUUAUAAUGUAAUGCAGGUGUUGAGGAGUUACCUGUUGCCAGUUUCCAUGGAGUCGCCUUCUUACACUCACAGAUACUUUGCUUGGGGAAUUUACUUUCUUGACCAGAUAAUAGCAUAUAUAGUAUUUGCGGGCAACACCGCCGCGAUGCAAGGGUCGAUGCUAGCGGUGACCGGUGAGAAAAGCUUUGGAUGGAUGAAAGUUUGCGAUAAAUUCACGAGGUUUUGUGCCCAGAUCGGUGGAGGUUUAUUUUGCGGCUACAUUGCCGCGGCUACUAUGGCCGUUAUUUCUUCAAUCUCCGCUUAUUCUUUGUUUAGGAUUUAUUCUUCGAAGUAUUUACUUGUGCUGAAGCCCAAGUGAUUUUCGUAUUGAACUAUCGGAUUGUGUUUAUUUUGAAAGUUGCAAAAAACCAAUUUUUAGUAAUUCAAAUCAUUGUUUAUAUUAUGUUAAGAAUUUGAUUACUUGUAUG